AUGUUCUUCCUCAAGGACUUGUCGUUGCAGUUGACGCUGCACCCGUCGUAUUUUGGCGCACAUAUGCACCAGUAUUUACGAGCAAAGCUCCUUCAGGAAGUAGAGGGGACAAUCACUGGUCAGUAUGGUUAUAUUGUCUGCGUCAUGGACGGUAUGAAGAUCGACGUAGGCAAGGGCAUGGUCCCAUCCGGACUCGGCUCGGCCGUGUUUGAUGUAAAAUAUCGGGCUAUCGUAUGGAGGCCCUUCAAGGGCGAGGCCGUGGAUGCUAUUGUUACAAACGUUAAUAAAAUGGGUGUUUUCUGCGAUGUUGGGCCCAUGUCGAUCUUUGUCUCCGCCCAUCUUAUUCCUAGCGAUAUGACUUACAACCCGACGGCGAACCCACCUGCGUUUGUGUCUGACGAGCAGAGCAUCGAAAAGGGCUCGAAAAUUAGAGUCAAAAUCGUGGGUGUGCGUGCAGACGUCGGCAAGAUGUUCGCUAUCGGAAGUAUCAAGGAAGACUACCUGGGUCUACUUUAG